AUGCCUCCCAUUGCGAGGCAGGCCACGGGCACGGGAGCAAGUGAGGGAGGUAAAAUCAAGCAGACUAGACAGAGGCAACGUCUCAGUUGCGUAGAGUGCACCAAACGUCGUCAAAAAUGCGAUCGACACACUCCGUGCGGCCUAUGUGUAUCUCGAGGUGUCGCUCACCUGUGUCGUUGGGAGCCCGUUGUUUCCCGCCCCGCCCCGCAACAAUCCCCCGCUGUGGCCUUGGCCAAUUCAGCAAGCGAGACUAUUCAAGCAUUGUCUGCGCGCAUCGCGGUGCUGGAACAAACGUUGCUGCGCCAGAACCUCGCUAAUGGUGUCGACACUCUUGCUCUUCCAGAGAGCAGUGCUACAUCUAAGCCUUUGCACGCUCUGGGCAACACUUCCGGACAGUCCGGAGAGAACGAUGACGAUGGGCAUGCUCUCGGGGGACCACAUGCUCUGUACGACUACGACAUGCAAGUCGCGGCGGUCGCUCUAGCCCAGCUAUCCCUGGCCCCCAGGGAGGAAUAUAUCGGGGAUGGAACUGUCCUCUGCGCUCUGCACGAGCUCGGCUCCCCAGAAACUUGGCGGUUUCCCUAUUCCCGCUCGAGCAUGACGACCCGACCUGCGUGCUACUCCCAGCACACAAACACGCACCCAUUCUCUGCACCCAUCCGUGCGCUACUCGCGGCCCUCCCCCCGCGGCAGCGUGUCGAGCAGCUCGUUGACGGCUUCUUUGCAGAGCGCAACUGGGAGUUCGGGCUCCCUGAGAACUGGUUCCGCAGUUCGUGUACGAGGAUGUGGGCGCACCUCGAUAUUCCGCGUUGCCCUGGCUUCGCCUGCCUCGCGCCCACGCUAUGCACCGCGUGCCAGGAGGAGGUCAAUCCCCACUGGAUCUCCCUCCUCUUUGCUGUUCUCGCACUCGCGCCUCGUCGGCUCGGAGCGGAUGCCCAUGCGUACUUCACUCAUGCAGUGUCGGCGAAGCGGCUCGGCGAGGAUAUUCUGCUCGCAGUGCGCGCGUAUGCGCUCUCAGAGCGCACGGUCCACGGUGCAGUAUUGAGCUGUAUAGCUUCUGGGCUCCUCGGAGCGUACCUGUCCGAUAGAGGACGUGUCAGCGAGGCAUGGAAGUUGACAGGAGCUGCGCUGCGCACCGCACAGGCAAACGGGCUGCAUCGUGAUCCUGGGUGGCGAAAGUGGGAAGAGAUGGGCAAGGAGGAGGCAGAGCUAAGGCUGUUCGGGUGGUGGCUGCUAUGGUGUGCGGACAGAAUGUUCUCGUUUGUCCUGGGCCGACCAAUGAUGGCUCCGAGAGGCACAUAUGAUGUGACCCUCAUUCCUGGUCCGGUACAUGGCGAUGGAUCGCCCAACCCAAAUGCAGCGUUCCAGCGGGCGUUCGUUACGCUAUGUGAUAUAAUUGGUGAUGGUGUCGCUGAGUGUUUGAGCUUGCAUGCACCAUCAUACGCCACUGUCCUCGCGACGGACCGAAAAUUUAGAGAAUGGCAAGCUCGACUGCCCCCGGAAAUGCAGUGGCGCGAUCCCCGCUAUCAGUCUGCGCUGUCGGAACCAACCACACUCGCCGAGCGCAACCUCGCCUAUCAGCGCCAAUCGCUCGCCGCGUACUAUCUCGGCGCACUCAUGAAUAUUCACCGCCCGCAUUUCAUGCACCCGUCACUCGCUGCUCUAGCUUCCCCCAGCAACGGCGCACCAUGCCCAAACCCCAGCCGCGAGCAGUGCAUCGUGCUCGCACUCGAGCUCGUACGUGAGCUGAGCACAGUACAUUCCACAGACACCACAUGGGUCGCUUCGCCGCCCGCAACCCUGUUCCACUAUCCAUACUUUGUCUUCGACGGCGCUGUUGCGCUUGCGGGCGCGGUGGCGCAGACACCGCCGCACCCGUGCGAGACAGAGUGCCUCGACCUGAUGGACCGUGCACUGCGCAUGCUCCAUGCGUGCACCAUCGCGGCAGAGAAUGCAAUAGAUGGCGAGGGCGAGGUCGCGAUGCGCGCGGUGUCUGUGCUGGAGGCGCUUCGCAAGGCGGCACGGCGCAGGCGCGGGGGCAAUGAUGUGCGUCCUGACCGGGAGUUGAAAGAUGCACAGGUGGAAGAGAGUGCAUCGGAGCAGCUGGUAGUCAAGUCUCUAGCACACCCUAUGGUGAUCGGGGAUACCAGCACAGGUGCAGGACAUACCCCAAUGUGUGGGUAUGAUCUGGCGUUCUCGAGCUCAAGUGAGCCUACGGCGUUGUCAAUGCCAUUUGCAGAUGUGGUGGAGAAUUUGUUUCCUGCCGCUUCAACCGGGUCUGUGGAUACGGCGCAGAUGGGAUCUUAUAUUCUCCCCCAGGGCUUGUUUUGCUAUGAUGUCUCUGCUGCCGGUGCACGCAUGCAAGAAAAUCAGUCAAAGGUGAGUCUACAGUCCCUAAUGACGCCCUUUGAUGUUUUGCAAGGCAGAGGAGAUAGCAUGGAAUGGGCCCGACUUGCUGGGAUGGAGAAUUGGGAGACUGGGGACUUGUCAUUAGAUCUGAAUUGUUGA